AUGGUGAAUUACGAUGUCACAGUGGUGGCACAUUAUAAUGUCCAUUAUCCAGGAGUAAGUUCUAAGUACUACCAGAGCUGUGUUCCUGCAGAUAAAAUUUGGAGGCUUGACAUUGUUCUUUAUAACAAUUGUCUUGGUGACUUCUAACUUGAAGGCAAAAGAAAUACUCCUUUGAAAUAGGAUGGUAUGAUAACCUGGACUCCACCAGCUGCAUUCAAGUGUUCCUGUCCUAUGUUUAUUACCCUUUACCCUUUGACUAUCAAAAUUUUAUUAUUAAAAAAUUGUCCCCUAAAAUUUGGUUUCUGGACAUAUGAUAAAGCUGAAAUUAAUCUUAUAAUAAUUGAUUCUAAAGUAGGUAUGAAUGAAUUUUGGGAGAACAAAUGGGAAAUAGUUGAUGCUUUUGGCUAGAAACAUGACAUAAAAUACAACUGUUGUGAAGAGAUAAACACAGAUAUAACCUAUUCUUUUUACAUUAGAAGAUUGCCAAUGUCAUCUGCCAUUUAUUUAAUCAUUUUUUUAAUUUCAUUUAUAACUGUGUUGGUCUUUGAUAUUCCUUCUGACUGUGAAGGAAAAGUGAUACUUUGCAUGUAAGUUCUGCUUUAUUUAACUGUGUUUUCCUUAAUCACAGAAACAAUCUCAUCCACAUCUCUUGUGAUCCUACUGGUUGGGGACAAUCUAUUGCUCACCAUGAUCUUUGUUACUCUCUCCAUUAUAGUGACUGUAUUUGUAUUGAACAUACACCUGAUUCCCACCACUCAUACAAUGUCCAAAUGGGUGAAGAUGGCUUUCGUCAGAAACUACCCUGAGAUACUGUUGAGAAGAAAGUCUCUGGACAAGCAGAGGGACACAGAUUUGGGUAAGUCUCCCAAGGACACUUCCGUUAAGGCAGCCAAAGUCAAAUCUGAAAAGUACAGAGAGCCCAAACUUCUGAAAGAAUGCUGCCAUUGUCAUAAAUUAAGUAAGCUUGCCACCAGCAAGAGAAGAUUGUCAGCCUUUAGGGUUACUAAAAAUUUGGAGCAUUUAUCUGAAAUUAAAGAUGUGAUUAAUAGUGUUCAAUUCAUAGCAGAAAGUAUGAAAUGCCAAAAUGAGAAAAAGAAGGUAUAAGAUGACUGGGAAAAUGUGGCCAUGGUAGUGGAUAGUGUCUUUCUUUAGAUAUUUAUAAUUGUAUGUUAAACUACAUGUUUAUUUCUACAGCCACUACUGGAAAAUCACAGUAAAAUCUUAAGGAUUUUAUGUUCAGAAACUUACAAACAUAAUAUUGCUUCUGUCUGUCAUAGGCAAAAAAUGAUGGAGUUGGUUUAG